AAUUUGUUGAUUUGUUUAUGAUUAUUGUGAUAUUGGAUUAUCUUUGUGGUCCUCAAGUUUGAUUUCUUUUGUUCCCCGUCUAGGGUUUGUUAGUCGUCUUUUUAUUUGAUGCUUUCGUGUUAAUUCCAUUGCAUCUUCGAUUUCGAAAGUAGGAAAACGAGGGAAAUUUUUUGUUAGUUUUUGUAAUUUCAAAUUUUGCUUCUGGGUAUUUAACAUGUGAGAUUGUUUUUGCAUAUUUAUAUUUUCUGGGGCUAAUCAAGAUCCUUGUUCUGAGAUUAAAAGGAAAAGCAAUAUAUUUUAUGGCUAAUCGUGCCUCAGCAGAAUAUUCUUCUUCUACUUCUCUUGGGUGGGCAGACUGUUGAAAUUCUUGAUGGAAAGAGGAUUUGUGCAUAGCCUUUUACAUAAAGCGUUCUCAUUUGCUUAUGAAUUGCUUCUUUAGCUUAAACAAAUCAAACAACAUUUUUACACUAUGCUUGAUAGGUAGUUUUUGGAAUUUAGGUAUGGGUUUUUAGAAGAACUGGUUUUGUUUGGGAAGAGGAUUUUGUAAGGGAGGUAUUCAACAUACUAAAUUUGUUGAUUGUUGAGGCUUUGAUACCUUACCAUGCAUUAGUACGACCUCCUUUUUCUCCAUCCAAACACAAGUAAAGUGCAGAUAAAAUUUUGGUUGAGGCAUCUCAAAUCUUCAGAUUUCAGUGAUCAUCUAUCAUUUCACUUGCUGGCUGUAAACGUUGGAUAAUAAUGAGGGGUAGAAGUUACAGUUAUAGUCCUUCACCUCCAAGGGGUUAUGGAAGGAGACGCCGUAGCCCUAGUCCUAGGGGCCACUAUGGAGGCCGUGCAAGGGAUCUUCCUACUAGUCUUCUGGUUCGCAACCUUCGUCAUGAUUGCAGGCCAGAAGAUCUACGUGGACCAUUUGGUCAGUUUGGUCCUCUCAAGGAUAUAUACUUGCCUCGGGAUUAUUAUACUGGGGAACCUCGAGGAUUUGGAUUUGUCCAAUAUGUAGAUCCAGCUGAUGCUGCAGAUGCUAAGCAUCAUAUGGAUGGGGAAAUUCUUCUUGGCCGGGAGCUGACUGUUGUCUUUGCCGAGGAAAAUAGGAAGAAGCCAUCAGAAAUGAGGGCAAGGGAACGUGUAAGGGAUCGGUCAUAUGACCGCAGGCGGUCUCCACUCCGUUAUUCACGAUCACCACGUUAUGGGCGAAGUUAUUCUCAAAGCCCAGUGUAUCACUCCCGUUCUCCUAGGCUAAGGCAUUAUUCAAGGUCCAUUUCUCCUAGGGACAGAAGGUACAGGGAGCGAUCUUACUCUAGGUCCCCUUAUGAGCCAAGGAACAAUAGCAGGAGUCCAAGUAGGAGCAGGAGCCAGAGCCUAGAGUACUCAAGAUAAUGGAUUAUUGCGAGUUGAUGAGCAUCACAAGUAGACAUCCUUAUCUGGUAGGAGUUGGAUGUACUUUCAUGAGCUGGUAGCAAAUUUCUAGAUAAUGCAACUUAGCAGAAAUAAUGUUGACUGCAGAUUUGACUAUUAACUUGACGUGAUUAUAAUGUUCUUGAUUGUUGUUUUGACAUAAAUUAACUCUCCAUUGCCUUUGGCAUGCAAGGAAUU